AUGUCGGCAUCAGCCGACGAGGAUGGAACGAGGAGCAAGCUGAAACGGGUGGCCAGGGCCUGCGAUAUGUGUCGACGCAAGAAACGUCGUUGUAGCGGUGGCGAUCCUUGUGGACAUUGCAAGAAGCACGACUUUGUUUGCACCUAUCUUGACCAGCCAUUCGAUGGUCAGCAAGAUCCGCGACCCUCCGCUGCCUACGUUGCUGCACUCGAAGCCCGUCUCGAGACCGUAGAGGACUUGCUGCGCCAAGCAAGGGCUGCGAAAAGUCCGGGUGUCCAACUCAUCAACAACGCCAUCCAACGACUCAAUAAUCCGUUUCCGGAGCCACAUUCCGAUGAUUUAGCAUUCACGCAAAUCGAAGCAAGCUUUAAAGCACUUUCUAUCAACCACCCCGCAGCCCAGGGCUUCCAGGGCAAGUCGAGCGGGGGAAUGCUUGUCAAAGCUGCCGUAGAUCUUUGGAAGAAAGAUGGCACGUUACCCUCGAGCAGUCCGGAGUUUGAUAAAAGGAAUAGUGGGAGAACACUCCAGACACCCCUCCAAACUCGAGGGUGGGGAGACCUUGCCCCAGCCAGCUCCUUCCCGGACGAAGAUCUGCUGGAAACCCUCAUUGCUCUUUACUUCGACAAUGUCAAUGCCUUUCUCCCACUCUUGCACCGACCCACUUUUCAAGCGGAGGUCACACAAAAACUCCAUUUGCGACAUGGCGGGUUCGCCAAGACCGUUCUUCUCGUUUGCGCUGUUGCAGCACGAUACUCGACGGACCCUCGGGUAUCCUUGACCAAUGUGGAUGUUUCUCCAGCUGAGACUGCUGGUUGGAAAUGGUUUGACCAAGUCCAACUUACGGGACAUUUGGUCCACAAGACCCCUACCUUGCACGAUUUACAGUGUUAUUGCCUAGCAGCCGAAUUUCUGGACUGUACAUCAACUCCGCGCGUAACCUGGACAUUGGUUGGGUUUGGGGUCAGACUCAGCCAAGACAUGGGGGCUCAUAGGUACAAGAAGCACGAACGCCGGCAUCAAUUCGAACAAGAGUUGGAAAAGCGGGCAUCGUGGAUCUUGUUUUUGUUCGAGUCCCAAAUUAGCACCGCGCUUGGGAGAACAUUUGCAUUGCAAUCCCACGAUUUUGAUAUCCAGCUACCUAUCCUGUGCGACGAUGAAUAUUGGGGUAGCGCAGACGAUUCUUCGGUUCCAUUGUUUCGCCAGCCAACGCAACAGCCAUCGCGCAUUGACUAUUUCGUGUUCAUGCUGCAGCUUAAUCGAAUACUGUCCUUCAGCUGCAAGAUUCUGUACUCAUCAAAUCGAAGCAAAUCUCUCAUCGGACUUGGGGAUGACCAAUGGGAAGAACAAGUCGUCGUCGAACUUGACUCAGCCCUCAAUAGGUGGUUCGAAGCACUUCCACCACACCUCCAGUGGAACCCCGAUAGCCUCCUUGAAGACGACAUCUUCUUCGACCAGUCGGCAGCCUUGCAUUGCAGUUACUAUCACACACGGAUCGUUAUUCAUCGGCCGUUCAUACCUGCGAUGCGACGAGAAUCCAAUCCUGCUGUUUGCAACCACUUGUUCGACUUUUACUAUUUCCUUUUUAACCUACUUUACAGCAUCUCCCUUCGCUCGCUCUCUGUAAUACUGCAGCGCGAGCGUGCAGUCAUGUGGCGGAGAUUCAACAGAAACGUCGUCCCAACAACCCGAUCUGGUUCAGCCAGACACCUUUGUUUACCGCAGGAAUCGUCUUGCUUCUGAAUAUCUGGGGGUGGUGGCCGAUCGAAAGCUGCUGA